UCUGUUGGCAGGCACGCACUGUACUGUUAAAAUCACAAUGUCUUUCAAAUCAUAUGGAACAUGAGACCACCUAUUCUCGUACAAUAUAAUAUUCUAUAUUUGUGAGUAUAUAAAGAUAUCAUUAUACUUAAAAAUGUUUUGAAAAGAAAUAUUGUAAUGGUUUAAUUACCUCGUUGGGUAUUGAUUUCUCUUUUUAACAGCGGAAAUUGGGGCACCUACUAAUCAAUAUGUUUUUGUGUGAAUAUUUUGUAGGAUGUUUUAAAAUCUAACACUACAUUUGCGUAUCUCAUCUUAUUUAUAUUGAUUUAACUAUUAUUUAAGCAUGUGAAGCUACAAUGCUACUCAAAAGAGGAAAAAUGUUCAUAAUUUUUUCUGCACUUUUGGGUUUUGUAAUUGGGUCGAUCAGCGCAACUACAAUUAAUGAUACAGAAACUCUACAUACGGACUUAUUUCAAAAUUAUAACAAAAAUGUGCGUCCAAUAAACAAUCAGAGUGCAGCUAUGACUGUUACAAUAGCCCUUUAUAUCAAAUCCAUACAGGAAUUUGAUGAAGUGAAUGAAAAGUUUUCAUUUGUGGCGGCUCUCCAGUUAGUUUGGACAGACGAAAAAUUGAUGUGGAACCCCAGUCAGUAUGGUGGACUUGAGCUGAUAACGGUAUCCUACAACGACGUCUGGGUCCCGGAACUGACUUUAUCAAGCCCGUCUGCAAGGGGUACAACAAUCGGCAAAUCUUCCGACAGAAUUCGUAUACAUGACUUUGGCGAAAUUGAAUGGAUGCCAGCAAAUCUCAUUGAGAGCACGUGCAGCGUUAACGCAAAAAAGUUCCCGUUCGACACUCAGAGCUGUUCAACUAGUUUUACGUCUUUGGGUUAUAAAAGCAACGAAGUUACUCUUAAAGCAGGACUGUCAACGAUUGCCUUUAACGUUUAUUCUCCCAAUGCAUUGUGGGACGUGACUGGAUCGGAAGCUAAGACGGAAAUAUUAGGUACUGGUAAAGAGUCUGAAAUUACGUUCACUAUGCAUUUGAAAAGAAAACCAGCUUUUGCUGUAAUAAACGUCAUAUUGCCAAUUUUGGUUCUCAGCUUGUUAAAUGUGCUGGUUUUUGUUCUAGUGCCGGAAUCAGGAGAGCGUAUAGGGUACUGUAUCACAACUCUGCUAGCCAUCGCCGUGUAUAUGACCAUUGUGAGUGACUUGUUGCCGCAGACAGCUGAGCCAGUACCUCUUAUUUCAUAUAAAUUGAUGAUUGACAUGAUCAUAAGCGCACUGAUUGUUUUAGUCACCAUUGUGAAUAUGCGUCUGCACUCCAAAGAUGAUGCUGACAUUGUUCCGGGGUGGCUGAAUUCGGUUUACAUAGCUUUAAGCUGUACACGGAGAAAGAUACAUCCAAAUGAAGACGCUGAAGAAAUUCCAAGAAGAAACAAUAUAUUGAUCGAAAAGGAACAUUUAGCUAAAGAGAAAACAAAACGUGACUUUGAUCAGGCAAGUAAAUCAGAGAACAAAGAAACGGACAAUCCGGUCACGUGGAAGAAAAUAAGCUACAUGGUUGAUUGGCUCGCUCUUAUAACGUUCACAUUUGCUUCUCUGCUGAACAUGAUAGUGUUCAUCGGAAUAGCAAAGUCGUGAAGCAGUGCCAAACAGUGUACAUAAUUAUUUUUUUUCGGAAAAGACGUUGGUGUGAAAUUGUACAAGGACAGGAAAUAUGCUGGUCAUUUUUUUUCCCUGGUAGAUCUUAAAGUAUUCUGAUAUGUUUUAAAGGAAUCUCGCACUACCUUACCAUAUCUGUUUUGCAUCAGACAUGAUCGCCUCGGCAUUAUAACAAUAAAACCGCAUCAUUUGUUAAGUUUUACAUUUUCUUUUGAAAGACGAGAAUGGUACAUGGAUAAAGGAUAAAUGAUAGGUUUAAUUUGAUUAUCAUGUCCUUGUUCCUUAUCUUGAGAAUAUAAUACUCAGUUUCAUCUAUUAUGGACUUCAUAUGCAAUGCAUGGUGAUGGAUAUUCCUUAAAAUGUGAGUCAAUUGAAAAUAUGUUCUGAAGUAUAUGCUAUUACUAGUAUCUGGAUAAUGUCAGCUUUUUUUUCUUACUUCAUUCGCACUCACCUGUAACUAUUUUGAAAUAAAGGCUGUCUGUAUUUUCCUAA